GGGGCGGUGCUCGGCCGGGUCCCGCAGGUCGGCGCCGCUGUUCGCUCUGGCCCGCGGUGGACACCCGCUCCGGCCCGCCGGCUGCUAUUUCGGCCCGGGAGGCCGCGGCCUCUGCGCCCCAGACAGCACCACGCACUCAGACAGACUCUGCUGACAUCAGACAGAGGGAAGAAACCAAGUCCUAGUUGCUGAAAUGUCUGCUGGUGCUGAGCGUUAGAGUGGAGGUUUCUGAGGACUCGGGGCCAGAAGAGGGCGGAAAGCCUACAGCAGCACAAGACACAGUGAACGCGGCAUGUGCUGUCAUCCUCCUUUCUGCCUUUCUGAAAGAGUACUUGGUAGCAUUUUAUUACAGAGUUCUUCUAAACACACAGCAGGGGCUCCUUCAGAGGCUGCGCAAAACCGCAGUGCUCUUGGACGAAGGUGGAGGGAGCAGCCCGCGUCUCCCCUGGCAAGCAGGGCAAUGUGGGUUCUGAGGGACCUUACCACUCACCAGGUCUGCACUGUGCUGCUGCCGCUGGCCUGCAGCCUCUGAGCGCUGUCCCUCUGACGCCUGCCACAAACCCCUGCUGCCCAUGAGAAUUUGCUGCUGGAGACCCUGCCGAGGCCCCCACCUGUGAGGAUGUACGGCGCUGCCGCGGAGCUGCUCCCAGCCCUGGCGCUGGUGUUUGGGGCAGCAGUGGCAUUUGCGCCCAUUCCCCGGAUCACCUGGGAACACCAAGAGGUGGGGCUGGUGCGGUUUCACGAGGCUGGCAUCUACAACUACUCAGCCCUGCUGAUGGGCGAGGAUGAGGGCACCCUGUACGUGGGUGCACGGGAAGCCAUCUUUGCAGUGAGCGCGCUCAAUAUCUCCCGGAAGCUGCAUGAGGUGUACUGGGAGGUCUCAGAAGACAAAAAAGCAAAGUGUGCAGAGAAGGGGAAAUCAAAACAGACAGAAUGCCUCAACUACAUCCGAGUGCUUCAGCCACUCAGCUCCACUUCUCUGUACGUGUGUGGGACCAACGCAUUCCAGCCCACUUGUGACCACCUGAACUUAACAUCCUUUAAGUUUCUGGGGAAAAAUGAAGAUGGCAAGGGAAGAUGUCCCUUUGACCCAGCACACAGCUACACGUCCGUCAUCGUGGAUGGAGAGCUAUAUUCUGGGACGUCGUAUAAUUUUUUAGGAAGUGAACCCAUCAUCUCCCGAAAUUCUUCCCACAGUCCUCUGAGAACGGAGUAUGCGAUCCCUUGGCUGAAUGAGCCAAGCUUUGUCUUUGCCGAUGUGAUCCGAAGAAGCCCAGAUGGCCUGGAGGGUGAGGACGACAGGGUCUAUUUCUUCUUCACGGAGGUGUCAGUGGAGUACGAGUUUGUUUUCAAGCUGAUGAUCCCACGUGUCGCCAGAGUGUGCAAGGGGGACCAGGGCGGCCUGAGGACCCUGCAGAAGAAAUGGACGUCCUUCCUGAAGGCCCGGCUGAUCUGCUCCCGGCCGGACAGCGGUCUGGUCUUCAAUGUGCUGCGGGAUGUGUUUGUGCUGCGGGGCCCGGGCCUGAAGGAGCCAAUAUUCUACGCACUCUUCACCCCGCAGCUGAACAACGUGGGACUGUCCGCAGUGUGCGCCUACAACCUGUCCACAGUGGAGGCCGUCUUCUCCCGCGGGAAGUACAUGCAGAGCGCCACGGUGGAGCAGUCCCACACCAAGUGGGUGCGCUACAACGGCCCGGUGCCCACGCCACGGCCUGGAGCGUGCAUCGACAGUGAGGCGCGGGCAGCCAACUAUACCAGCUCUUUGAGCCUGCCUGACAAGACGCUGCAGUUCGUCAAAGACCACCCUCUGAUGGACGAUUCCAUCACCCCGAUAGACAACAGGCCCAAGUUAAUCAAAAAGGACGUGAACUACACGCAGAUUGUGGUUGACAGGACCCAGGCCCUGGAUGGGACCGUCUAUGACGUCAUGUUUGUCAGCACAGAUCGAGGAGCCCUGCACAAAGCCGUGAACCUCGAGAGCGAGGUACACAUCAUUGAGGAGACCCAGCUUUUCCAGGACUCCGAGCCAGUGCAGACUCUGCUGCUCUCCUCGAAGAAGGGCAGGAGGUUUGUCUAUGCCGGCUCCAACUCAGGUGUGGUGCAGGCGCCGCUCGCCUUCUGCGGGAAGCACAGCAGCUGUCAGGACUGCAUACUGGCGCGGGACCCUUACUGCGCCUGGAGCCUAGCCGAGGCUGCCUGUGUCACCGUGCACCAGUCCGAGGGUGCCAGCAGGGCAUGGAUUCAGGAGAUGAGUGGCGACACAUCCUCAUGCCCCGAUAAGAUUAAAGAAAGUUCCCCGCAGCGUCCUUUCAAGCACGGAGACACGGCAGAACUCAAAUGCUCCCAAAAGUCCAACCUAGCCCGGGUGGUGUGGAAGUUCCAGAAUGGUGUGCUGAAGGCUGAGAGCCCUAAGUAUGGUCUGAUGGGCAGGAAAAACCUGCUCAUCUUCAACCUGUCAGAAGGAGACAGUGGGGUGUACCAGUGCCUGGCAGAAGAGAGGGUCAGGAACAAAACGGUCUCCCAGGUGGUGGCCAAGCUGGAGGUGAAGGUGCUCCCACGGCCCUCACCAGCCCCCAGUUCACCGGCCUUUCAGGCCACCUCCAGGGUGCCUGCAGCAGCCACCCAGGGGUCUUCUCCCCCCAGCCCGGAUGUACGGGCCACCUCCCCUGGGCCCAUCACCCCACCACCCAGGCCGGCACCCACCAGCACAUCCUGCGAGCCCAAGAUUGUCAUCAACACGGUGCCACAGCUGCACUCAGAGAAGACCAUGUACCUGAAGUCCAGUGACAACCGCCUCCUCAUGUCUCUCUCACUCUUCCUCUUUGUGCUCUUCCUCUGCCUCUUCUCCUACAACUGCUACAAGGGCUACCUCCCCGGGCAGUGCUUGAAGUUCCGCUCAGCCCUGCUGCUUGGCAAGAAGCAGCCCAAGCCGGAGUUUUCGGACCUGGAGCAGAGUGUGAAGGAGACACUGGUGGAGCCUGGGAGCUUCUCCCAGCAGAACGGAGAGCAGCCCCGGCCAGCCCUGGACACCGGCUAUGAGACAGAGCCAGAUACCAUCACCAGCAAAGUCCCUACGGACAGGGAGGACUCACAGAGGAUAGACGAGCUCUCUGCCAGAGACAAGCCAUUCGACGUCAAGUGUGAACUGAAGUUUGCAGACUCGGACGCAGAUGGAGACUGAGGCACAUUCCUGCGGGUGUCUUGCAGUCCCUUUGUGGGGAGUUUUGUGUUUAACUUGUUCAGUACCCGAGUCUCCAGUCUUGUCACCGUGCAGCAAUCCUUAGUCUUGUUUUUCUCUCGGGUUGAGCCUGUGACUUGUUCCUCUUUGUGCUUUGGGAAAACAAGUAUCGCGUCCGGUCCAAGUCCUGCAGUGGGUGGAGCACUGGGCGACCUCUUUGCAGGUGGUGGCCCUGACCUGAGCCCUUUGUGUCAUGGGGGAGAGACGACUGAGUUCCAUCGGCUGCACAGGGCUCCUUCCUCUUCCCUUCCCCAUAGCAGCCACUAAAAGCUAAUUUCAUUCCAGAUUGGAAAUGACGUUUUAGUUUAUCAGAUUGGUAACUUAUUGCCUGUUGUCCAGAUUGGCACGGACCUUUUCUUCCAUUGAAUUAUUUUUUAGGAUUUUGCUUUGAUUGUGUUGAGUUGUAGGUCAUUUUUUUUUCAUUACCGGAGCAGAUGUUUUAAUAUUUAGAAAAAGAUGUUCAUCUUCCAGAUUUUGUUGUAUAUUGGAAUAUGGCUUACGUUGCUUACGAUUCUCAGGGAUAGACUUACUUUUUGCUAAAUGCAUUCUUUCUGCUUUUAGAAGUAUAGACCUAAAAAUCACAUCUCUUAGCACUCACCUUUUUACUUAUUACUUUAGUCCUUGGAAGCAUCAUUUUCAGAGAGAUUUUAUUUCUCUAUAUUUUUAACUUUGGUGAAGAAGAAGCCUGCCCUGCACACACUGGGAGGUGUCGCCUGAAGAAGGGUCCAGGCACUGACGAUCAGGCUGCCCUAGGGGAGGAGCGUGUUACCAAGCCACACCUACAGCUGCCAGGCCAGCCCUCCUGUUGGGGGUGGAGCCUUCACAAGGAUGUCUUGGGUUCUCUGAACAUCUCCCGUCUCUUCUUGCUUCCAUCUCAUCCCCACUGCCACCUAGACUCUGUCCUCGGCCCCACGGAGCUGUCCCCUCACUCCUGGAAGACAAGUGGUCCAUGGCAGCUGCGCCUCUGGCUGUGGCUGUGACCACACAUCUGGUGCACACGGCCACUGUCCCAGCCUGGCCUCUGCUGCUAUCGUUACAGAUGUAAAGGAGCGGUAUGGUUUUAACCUUUGUUUGUUUUACACUCCGUCUCCUGCUUUGUAAAUACCCACGCAGAGGAGGACUUUUGUUCUGUGGCAGAGAACAAUAAACUCUGGAUUUCUGUGUUCCUGUGUGGACAGUCUCACCUUUCAGCAUGAUACGAGUUCAUCCUUUGUGGUGUAAACUUCUGUGUUUUAUAAGAUUUCCUUUGUUUUUAUUUUUCUAUCUUGUAUCCAUGUGGAAAAUACUCGAAUAAAUGAGAGGCUUCUGUCAUUCA